AAGUAAUGAAAAGGCACAAAAGUGUAGGCUCUUAAGAAAUAAAAAUAAAGAAAUACAAUAAUUGAAAAGAUUAAAAUGCCAAGCAAUCCUAAAAUACUUUUGAGAUUUAUGAUAGUAGCUUAUUAGUUAAUUUUUGUAUAUCCUACCAAAAUCAAUGCAAAGAAUAAAAAAAGUAUAGGUAAUUAUAAAGUUGUGAUGCAUUUUUAUAGAUAGUGAAAAAUAAAUUUUCUUAAUGAAUAAUGAUUUUUAGGAUUUAGGUUUCCAAACAAUCCAAAAAUUAAAAAUAUUCCAAUAAUUGUAAAAAAUGAGAUUAGUAACAUAAUUACCAUAGUCAAACUUAAAGGGCCAAAAUCUAUUUAAGAUUCAAAGGUAUAUGGAAUUAUCAAAGUUAUUUAUGCGAAUUAUUUUAAAAGAUAAAAAUGUCCAUCAAUGUAAUUCCAUAAAUGCCAUCCAUUCAAAGGAAGCAUUAAAGCAAGAUAUUACAAAUUAACAAUUAACACAUUCAUUAUUAUUGAAAAUUCAGAUGGUUGACUGUUAUGAGCUAAAUGAGCUAAACAUGAUAGCUAUUCAAAUAUUAUAAAUUUCAUUAAAUUAAAUGAUAAGGAAAGAAUGACACUAUUAUAAUUAUCAACUUAACAAAUUUAUUGAGCAGCUUCCUAUAUAAUAAUAACAAAGUGC